CAAAAUGACACACGAAUUUCCCCUCCCUCCCUCCGCCCUCUGAUCAAAGAGGUGGCCGAUCUUCUCAAGUCCCGAGGGGAAACCAUCUCCGUGGCCGAGACAGCAGCCGGAGGCAUCAUCUCCGCAUGUCUACUUUCCCGCCCGGGGGCAUCCUCAAUCUACAAGGGUGGAGUAACACUCUACACCCUUGAAUCCCGCAUCGCCUUCGCAGGCUGGACCCAGUCGCACAUCGACAGCUACGAAGGUCCAACGCCUGAUAUCGUCGCUGGGCUCGCGCAGCACGUCCGCAAUACCCUGCAGUCGACGUAUACCGUUGCCGAGAGCGGGACAGCGGGGCCUACGGGUGGUGCGACGAGGAAUCGGACUCCGUGAGUGUCUUCGUUUGCCCAAGUGUUGAGGUUCAGGUGCGCAUGCUAAACGGAUACCGGUAGAGGGUACGUCGCGUUGGCGGUGUCAACUCCGCAGGGGACGUUUACUCGCGAGGUGGAAACGGGAUGCGGGACCGAUCGGGAGCAGAACAUGGUUGUGUUUGCGGAGGAGGCGUUGAAGUUGGUGAGGGAUGUGAUGCUGGGGAAGGCGAGUUUGUAGUUUGCCAUCCAGCAUUAGAAGGUGGUUGUCCCCGUGGUUCAUAUUGUUUAUGGGCAAUACUCCUGCGGGGUACCUCUCUACCUUAGUUGCGGUCCCAGUCCCAUUGGUACAAGGGCAGUUGUUGAGGUAAAACUGUUCAAUAUUUGACUACCUGGCAUUUAUUUAGCUCUAUAUGCUAAAGAGCUACCUCUCUACAUGCUACGUACCUUCUAUGUGUGCC